AUGAGUUUCGUCUUUCGGGGAGCGAGAGGAGAAAUCGGGGGUGAGUUCUCCAGAUUCCUGCGGGAGAGGCGCGCAGCGGUAGUCACUCUCUCGCCGUACAUAUAAUUUGGAUCGGAAUCCAAUUCAUCGGUGCUGACAAUGCCCCUCUCACUUCCUCAGCGUCUCCAUGACGGAGGUCACCCCGUGAGUGCCAACUCAAGGGUGUUUCUCCUCACAGGUUUCUUCCUCUCCAGCUAUGUUUCGGAUGGUUCCAUUCAUGGAUGGCUGAAUCCGCUUUUUCCUGCAGUUCUUCUGUUGUUCGUGGUCCUGAACUCCCACCAGAUUUCGCCUAAUUUUCUGGUACGUGAUGGUUUCUUUUCUCACGGUGGGCUAAAUCCGGUAGGUUUCCGGUCAAAUUGCCAAUUUUUCUCACUGGGUCCUCGCGCUUGCAGAUUUGGUUGCUGCUGAGCGCUUUUCUGAUGGCCACCGCCAUCCGGAUGUGCGCAGCAUGCCAGCAACUCCACGCGCAGGCUCAAGCUCAUGCAGCCGUCGCAGCCGGUGGGCUCCUCGGGCAUGCCGAGCUCCGUCUGCAGAUGCCUCCUGCCGCAGCUUUCGCCGCCAGCGGGAGGCACCAAGGCCUGAGGCUCCAGCUCGCCCUUCUUGAUCGCGACUUCGAUGAUUUAGGUGUUGUGGCUUAUUCUCACAAUUUUCAACCUCAUGGCGCAUCUGUUUCUAAGCUAACCCACACAAUGCCGCGUGAAUUCUAAGUUUACUGGUCUUCCGCUCAUUCUGGGGGUAGAUUACGACGCUUUGAGAGCACUGGACGCUGGUAGUAAUGCUGCUGCUCCUUCCAUGACCGAGGAAGAGAUCGAUGCUCUUCCCGUUCGCGAAUACAAACUUCGGCCGGAUGAUGGGUCCGCUGGUUCGCAGCGGUAAGCUGGAUUGAUCUCCUGCUGCAAAUCACCCAUGAAAGCCCGUCCCUUUCCUGCGAUCUUUUAUUUACUGAGCGAAAAUUUAUGUUUGCUGAUGAAUCUGAAAUCCUCUGUUGUGUGGUCAGUGGCGGGGCUUCUCUGCAACGAGCAGCGCCAUCAUCAUCAGCAUCCUCUUCUUCUUCUUCUCCUUCUCUUGUAGCCGAGGUACCCCAUCCCCGGAAUUCAGCUUUGCCCCAAUCAUGCAUGAAGCGUUGUGUGUCUGUAGACUGUGUAAUUGAGCAUCCAUAGACCAGCGAAGUCACCAGGAGCAAGUAUCUGAAUCACCUUCUAGAGGGAAGGAUCUUUCUUUCAUGAUAAAGAAGCACCUAGAGGAGCCCUUUCCGAUCGUCAAAAAAAUCGAUUUAAUUGCCCAGGUCAAUCGAAGAUGCACGUUUUGCAAAUUACUACCCUCAAUUGGAUAUCAACACUCACGUGACCUGAUUUUCCGAGUGAUAUGGCUGUUUAAUUGAAUAGAGACGAAUAAUGGACAUGGAAAAUAUUGAGUGUAUAGGAAUAUAUUGUGCAUUUUUUUCUGGACCGCCUGGUCUUUGCUUCGUUUUCUUCCCGCAGGAACCUUCUGUUGUCAUUUUUUUGCUCGGUUUUGAGAGGCGUUUGCUCUUUAAUAAUAUUUCUAUUUUUUUCGGAGUAGAAGGAACAUGAUGCUGCAAAAUCAGAGAGAGAUCGCCGAAGCCCUGCAGAUGAACUCACUUGUAGCGUUUGCUUGGAGCAAGUUUAUGCUGGAGAAUUAGUCCGUAUCUUACCAUGCUUACAUCAGGUACUCCCCCCAUAGUUUUUGGUAUUGUGGAAGGUCAAUUCGAAAGCAGGAGACGAUCCAAGAUGAAGAUAGUAAGCACCAAUGGUUCAAUCAUUCCUGGAGUGUAGUUAAUCUCUGUUCAUUCCAAUUCAUUAAAGAUGCAUCAUAUGACAAUGUUAAAGGUUUUAUAUAUUUUUCUUGAAAUUGCAAAAAGAAAAAAUAUUGGGAAUUUUCUUGAAAUUACCCCAACAAUCGAAGAGAAAGAGAACAAGUACCCAUAUCUUGUUUGAUUGGCUUUUUCCUGAUUCUAUACAUUCUUUUUAGGGUUUUUCUUUAGCUAUCCAACAAUCGGAGAGAGAGAGAGAGAGAGAGAGAGAGAGAGAGAGAGAGAGAGAAUAAGUGUCAAUAACUUGAUCCCUCCUUGAGUGAUCUCUCGAGGAUUAUGGGGUGGAAUGGGGGGAGGUUCCUGAUAUUUCCUGAUUAUAGAUCUUUUGAAUGAAGUUGUUUCUACUAAUGUGCUGCGCUUACAGUUUCAUGUGGCCUGCAUCGAUCCGUGGCUGCGACAGCAGGGAACUUGCCCCGUCUGCAAAUAUCGGGCCGCCCGCCGGUGGCAGGACAGCAGCGGAAGCAGUGAAGCGGACCCAUCUUUCAUGGUUUAA